AUGCGACGCCAACCGGUAUCACGCCAAGGAGCCUCGGACGAGGCAGCGCAGGACACCACUCCUGGCCAGGCACCUACUGUUGCAAGUGCAACCACUAUCCUAUGCGCGGGAGCCCUCCGUCAGCGGGACCCAAAGCUCUUCAGCGGAAUCGGUGACGAUGACAUUGAGGACUGGUUGGAGUCAGUUGAAAGGGUGAGCCUCCACAACAAAUGGGAUGACACCGUGAAGCUCAAUAACGUAAUUUUUUAUUUGACCGACGUUGCAAAACUAUGGUAUACCAACCAUGAGUCAGAGCUGGUGACCUGGCCCCAGUUCAAAGCAAAGAUCCAGGAAGUAUUUGGGAAGCCAGCCCAGCGGAAGCUCGUCGCGAAGAGGACAUUGGCAUCACGCACCCAACUGCACGAUGAAAGCUUCGUUAGCUACAUCGAAGAUGUCCUGAAGUUGUGCAAGCGCGUUGACACCCGCAUGACCGAAGAUGAAAAACUGAAGAACAUCAUGAAAGGCAUUGCCGAAGAUGCUUUCCAGAUCCUUGUCGUCAAAGCGCCAACGACUGUCUCUGAAGUCAUCGACAUCUGCCAGAACUUCUCUGAGCUGCGCCUUCAGCGUUUGCCAGCCAAACGCAAACUGGAACCUCCCGCUGAGCUGGCCAGCCUGACAACUGCAAUCGAAGGCUCCGUCGACAAAUGGGCAGAACUCCGAUGCGUCAUUCAAGAGAUCGUACGUGACGAAGUGGCUCGCCAAUUAGGAAAGCCUUCGACCCCUCCGGAGUCCUUUAUCUCGCCUUCGAUCAGAGCGCUAAUUGAGGAUCAAGUCAAAGCCGCGAUUCCUUGCGCCGUUAUGCCGCCGGCCGCGUCACCGCCGCUAGUGCCUCAGGUGCCAACCCGCCAUUUUCUCCUCCUCGCUGGCAAGCACGCAGGGCUGACCAAUGGAGGACGCCAGAAAAUCGUCCCAUUUGCUUUUCAUGUGGCUAUGUUGGGCAUAUCGCCCGUUUUUGUCGCCGUGGAAACUCUGAGAGUUACGCUGCCCCACUGCAAGCGCAGUAUCGACCAGCUUUCGGUUCUGGUCGACGCAGUGAUCAGUAUUCACACCAAGAUUACACUGAACCACAACCACGGCAAAGGCAGGUUACCCGAAAUAUGA